AUCGUAGGUAAAGCCGUCACAUGACCCGCCGUGCCCCGCGUCUCCUCCCGAGCAGAAGGCGGCGGCAGCAGCAGCAGAGGCAGCAGCAGCAGCGGGAGCCGCAGCGGCAGCAGUAGCCGGGGCUUCAUGUAAACACAGCGCUCAGGGCUUUGUUCAACACACACUGCGACUCUCCGCCGGUAACCGUCCCCCGCUCGUCAUGCCAUGGAUAUUUUGUGGCAAUACCAGUUCCGAAUCAUCCUGCUCGGGGACUCCACCGUGGGGAAGUCGUCGCUGCUGAAGCGCUUCACGGACGGUAUCUACAGCGAUGUGGCGGACCCCACGGUCGGGGUAGAUUUCUACGCCCGCUCGAUGGACAUCGAGCCCGGGGUGAAGAUAAAGCUGCAGCUCUGGGACACGGCUGGUCAGGAGCGGUUCAGGUCCAUUACGACUUCAUAUUACCGCAACUCUGUGGGCGGGCUGCUAGUUUUCGAUCUCACCAAUCGCAAAACCUUUGACCAUGUGAGGGAGUGGCACAAGGAGGUGAGUGAGCACAUCCUACCUCACCACAUGGUCUACAUCCUCAUCGGCCACAAGAGUGACCUCAACAAGGACCGCAAGGUGACCCGGGACGAGGCGGAGAAUCUGGCGGCCGACCUGGGCAUCCGCUACGUGGAGACCUCGGCCAAGUGCAACAUUAACGUGGACCGGGCCUUUGAGCUGCUGACCAGAGACAUCUACGAGCUGAUGAAGAUGGGUGAGAUCGUCACCCGCGAUGGAUGGGAUGGUGUGAAGAGCGGCCUCACUGCUAAGGUCCUCUACCCGGCCGAUGACGAAGAGGAACGGGCCAGGGUGUCCGCUGAAAAGGGCUGCCACUGCUGACUGAGAUCUCUCUGUGUGUCCAAACACUGUCCUGUCACACCUGGAGCUCGCCUCGUCUCACAGCCGUCCAUCGAGGCUCAGCACCCCAUGAUAACCAUCCUCCAUCACUUCUUCACCUUGUGCUUCAUGCCCUCUCUGUAUGUGGGACGACUGAGAUUCUUUUCAAACAGAGGGGGUCAGUGAACAUCCUGGUGUGUAUCUUAUAAACAAGUUGUGUCUCUAAAUUCAUAUGGUGUAGCACGAACCAAGCUGUUUUCAUCCUUUUUGGCCAAAAAACAGAGAAAGCGUGUAGAGGUGAUCAGGUCUUGGGGCUGAGGGUGUAGUCAAUACUCCUUUUCAUAGCACUGGAGAUAAUGUUCUACUGAGCAUACUGACGAUACUGUGGUCGGGCAUCACUCCACCUUCAUACGGCACUAGUGUGUGGUUUCUACCUGUCCAAGUCUGUGCAACGCUUUGCCUGCAAUCCUAUGUGUCUGUAAUAUUGUAAAUAAUAGUGAAGUCUGUCGAGAUGGAAGCUGAAAUGUCACUAAAAGCUAUUUAAUUAAUAUCGUGAACAGACACAGUGCACUCUACAAUAAGUGUCACCAUAUGAAAUCAAUGUGCUCCCCCUGCUCAUGUAAGCUGUACGUGCACUUGCGCCAAACUGACCUAAAAUUUGGAUCAUUCUGUGAAUACUGGAGUAAUGUUUUGUAAAGAAAAAUAGAGAUUAUUUCUAGUUAAGUUGUACACAUAAAGAUAGGUCAUUGUAAUUAGGAUAGAUGGUCCUAUUUAGGUAUUUGUAUUAUAGCAUCAACAGGAGCAAGACAACAACAUCAAAAUAAGUGAUCUCUCAGACCUUUUAAUGUGUCAUCAGUAUUAGUGAAGACGUGUUUGAUUAAGAACCAAAAGGAGUUUUAAUUUCACCAACUGUUGUUUGUAGCUUCAACAAACAACCACUUCUUUUAUUCUCAGCUCAUUCAGGCCUGAGGUGGUGAUGAACUCAUUAAAGCGAUUGGAUGGAUGUGUUGCUCCCUUUACGUUGUGUUCCAGAGUUGUCAGAGAGCAGGAAAUGUGGGUUCAAGUCUAGAGAAAUGUCUCACCUCCAAGACGAAAACCUGGGAAACAUUAGUCAAACCUGUGGAUAAGAAAAUAAUGAUAAACUGCAGAAGCUAAUAAUGUGUGGGGGUUGAGCCGUGCAGCAAAUAUGCAGAAACAUGGCUCCUGGAUUGGCUUUUAGCAAGGGACCUUUGUCACGUGUUGUUGCCCCUCUCACUGUAUUCAUCAGGGCCUUCACAUAAUAGUUCAACAUUUUGAGAAAGACGCUCAUUAAAAUUCUCUCUGAGAGGUAACUAAGAAGUUGAUGUGUUGCCUCAUGUCUGUGUGUGAAGUAAGAAUCUUGAACCAUUAGCAUAGCUUAGCUUAAAAUAGGGGUAAACAGCAAGCCUAGCUGUCUCCAGCCAUUAGAAUAGUCGGCUGCAGGGACAGUUGUCAGUGACAUCACCAUGUGUGGUAAAUUGUGCCUGAAAAGACAUAAAAAAACUACACAUGGCAUCAAUAAAUAUCUAAAGAAAGGGUUAUAACAUGCAACUAUUUCUAAAAUAUAUAGAUUUUUAUGAAUCUGCUUGGGUCCAUAUUAAACAACGGAGACGAUGUGUUACCUUAGAACUGUUUGAAGGUGUAUAUUUUUCCACCUUCUGCUGGGAGCAGUUUCCCCUGCUUCCAGCCUCUAUGCUAAGCUAGUUAUCAAAAUGCUUGUUCUCAAUCAUGGAAAUGUGACGGAAUCAUCCAUCACAUCAUCACAAAUACAAAUCUCAUGUGGAAAACUGCUGUAUACGUUCCUGAAAUUCUUUUGAUAAGCAAGUAAUGGAUGAAGAAGUAUUGGGGCCAUAUUGAGGAACCUUUGUUUUUCAACAAUGAGGUAAUAUUAUUUCAAUAAGUACACGUAAUAUUGCAAGAAUAAAGUCAACAUUUUAUUAGGAAUACUAAACUAAAAGUGCAAUUAGAAAAAAGUCUUCAUAUUUUGUGAAAAGGAAAGACAUGGAUUCUUAGCCUAUCUUUUUAAAGUCUUAUGAUAUCCUACUUAUGAUAAAAUGGUGCUGAUGUUACAAAAGUAUUUCAUUAUUUGUGAAACAUAUACUAGAGUAUAACUUAACGUGGUCCACAUUCCACAUUUUAACACAGGACACAGGCGGAUUAUGACUUUAUUCUUGUAACAUGACUUUAUUCUCAAAAUCUCAGACUCCUGUGAUGGUCAGCUUGCUUGUUCUUGGCAGUGAGAUGCAUUUCUGAUGAGAGCAUGUCUACACACGAUUUAACCGUGCACAUGACAGCAAUAACUUCCUUUAACGCAGACGAUGGUGUACGCUGUCAAGUCUCUAGAGUCUCUUUACUGCGCCAUUAAUCUGGUGUUUACGAGCCGACAAUAGACUACAGUCCACUUGGCCGGGGCACUCACCUCUCCUCACACACUUUAAUCACCUUUCACCGGCAUCUUGUGAAAACACCUGUCCACAAACACACUGCAACCAGCAAGUGAUUAUGCAUUCUGUACGUACUUUGCGUUCAUGUGAUCCAGCUUAUGUUUUUUUCUUGAGUUAAUAAAUGUUGUGUGGGGGACAGAGUACGUGUAUGAACACUCUUUGGUUGCAGCCUAGUUUUCAGUAAGGAAUGUAUUGUAAAAUAUUUGCACCAUCCCUUUAUUUGAUUUAACUUUUCUGCACUGAUUCACACUGUAUUCUCUGGUGUCAUGUUAUAGUCAGGUUUAAAUACAGUGUAACCAUAUGUGAUACAUGUUUCUUUGUUUGUUUGACAAUCAGACGUUAAUAUCUUGUGUUCACGGUGAAGUUGAGGACUCGUCUGUCUUGAAUCUCCAUGUAACAGCCAGUCUGACUGUGUUUAAUACUACAACUACCUUCCUCACUUUGCUCUCUCAUGUAAACAGGGUUACAUUGUAUGAUAUUGUUUACAUUUGUACGUUGAGACUCAGCAAACUGUUCUCCGAUGAGCAUGAUUCCCAUUCCUGCAGCACUGCACUGAUCAGAGUGAAGACAGCGACCUGGUUAAAUUUAAAGGACCACUCUGGAAACACAUGGGCAAUUUGCUUAAUUACCAUCAACCAGUAGUGGGCGCCUCAAUACCCAACAAUGAUUACAUAUUUAUAAAACAUUUGUAAUUGUACAAUUACAAAUCUUCCGUCCACGGUCACAGUACUCUCUUACUGAAAGCUAAAAGGGAGCAGUUCAACUUUUCUUGAAAUAUCCCUUUUCCCUGUUCUUUCUGAGGGCAAGAUGGUGAGAUUAUUCCUCUACUGAUCUUCUCAUCUCACUCACAGAAAGACUAAUUCCCCCCAAAAUAUUGAACUGUCCCUUUAAUGAUUUUACGUUAUCCACUGGAAUGAUCAAACCAACCCGCUGAUAGGGCGUCUGUACCACAGAAGGUCAGCAGCCGGAAGGCCCACAGGAUGGUACAUGGUACAUAACCAUACAGCUCCCGAGCCCAUGGUCACAUUUCACAGCUUUACUGAAUAAAUGUUAUUUAUUUUAUAUAUUAUGUAUAAGAGAUUCAUUUAUUUGAUGUGAUUUUAUUGAUUGGUUAAAAAAAAUAAAUGGAUGCCCAAUGA